CCUCCCUGCCGCCCUCGCUGCUGCUGCCGCGGCUCUGCUAGGGGUCUGCGGGGCUGUGGCCGGUGCAGCUGAGGUGCGGCUCGGAGCGGAGACGCGGGGGCAGUGCCAGGCGCAGGCCAAGAAGGGCUGGGCCGUUCACUCGGGAUGCGGCGCUGAGGCCCAGCAUGGCCGCCUUGGGCCCCACCUUCCCACUGCACCGGCUAGUCUGGGCGAACAGGCACCGCGAACUGGAGGCCGCGCUGCACAGCCGCCAGCACAACAUUGAACAGGAGGAUCCCCGAGGGCGGACCCCGCUGGAGCUGGCUGUGUCCUUGGGGAACCUGGAGUCUGUGAGAGUCCUUCUUCGACAUAAUGCCAACGUGGGCAAAGAGAGCCACCAGGGCUGGGCAGUCCUGCAGGAGGCAGUCAGCACUGGAGACCCUGAGAUGGUACAGUUGGUACUUCAGUAUCGGGACUUCCAGAGGGCCACACAGAGGUUGGCUGGCAUUCCAGAACUGCUCAAUAAACUCCGUCAGGCCCCUGAUUUCUACGUGGAAAUGAAGUGGGAAUUCACCAGCUGGGUACCCCUUGUGUCUAAGAUGUGCCCGAGCGAUGUAUACCGCGUGUGGAAGCGUGGUGAGAGCCUGCGAGUGGAUACUAGUCUCUUGGGCUUUGAGCACAUGACCUGGCAACGUGGCCGGAGGAGCUUCAUCUUCAGGGGUCAGGAGGCAGGAGCCUUGGUGAUGGAGGUGGACCAUGACCGGCAGGUGGUGCACACAGAGACACUAGGUCCAGCUCUGCAUGAACCGGAAGCACUGCUGGCUGCCAUGCGGCCCAGUGAGGAACACGUAGCCAGUCGCCUCACCUCGCCUAUUGUCUCCACCCAUCUGGACACUCGCAAUGUGGCCUUCGAGAGGAACAAAUGCGGUAUCUGGGGAUGGCGGUCUGAGAAGAUGGAGACCGUUAGUGGCUACGAGGCCAAGGUGUACAGUGCCACCAACGUGGAGCUGGUGACACGCACAAGAACGGAGCACCUCUCUGAUCAGGACAAGUUAAGGAGCAAAGGUAAACCCAGGGGGGAAGACUCCGUUCCAGUCCUUCCUGGGGAUGGCCCAGCAACACUCCUCCCACAGUGGGGUGAGCUUGGCUGGGGGAGGGCUGGGCCAAACUGGGGUGGGUGGGGCACUUUCUCUUCAUACAGAAGGCUAAGUCCUGCCCUGGGGUCCACUCAGGCUCCAGUGCAGCAGGCAGCCAGCCCCACCAACCCCACAGCAAUUUCCCCCGAGGAGUACUUUGACCCCAGCUUCAGCCUGGAAUCAAGAAACAUCGGCCGCCCCAUUGAGAUGUCCAGCAAAGUACAGAGGUUCAAGGCAACACUGUGGCUAAGUGAGGAGCACCCACUGUCCCUGGGUGAUCAGGUGACACCUAUCAUUGACCUGAUGGCCAUCAGCAAUGCUCAUUUUGCCAAGCUGCGGGAUUUCAUCACGCUACGCCUCCCACCAGGCUUCCCUGUCAAGAUUGAGAUUCCCCUCUUCCACGUGCUCAAUGCCCGAAUCACCUUCAGCAACCUGUGUGGCUGUGAUGAGCCUGUAAGCUCGGUGUGGGUCCCUGGCCCCAGUUCUGCCAUUUCAACUUCAGGAAGCCCUUUUCCAUGUGAGGUGGACCCCACUGUGUUCGAGGUGCCUGAGGGGUACAGUGUGCUGGGUGCUGAGCGCAGUGAACCCCUUCGAGAUGAGGAUGAUGACUUGCUGCAGUUUGCCAUCCAGCAGAGCCUGCUUGAGGCCGGCACAGAGGCAGAGCAGGUGACUGUGUGGGAAGCCCUGACCAACACACGGCCUGGCAUUCUUCCUCCUCCCCAAGUCACGGUGUUUGAAGAGCAGCUUCAGCUGGAGCAGGCCCUCCAGGAGAGCCUGCAGUUGUCCACAGAGUCCAUGGGGCCAGCAUCUCCUCAGAGAACACCUCCAUCCCCUGCACCCCCAAGUUUUGAGGAGCAGCUUCGCCUGGCCCUGGAGUUGUCUUCCAGGGAACAGGAGGAGCAGGAACGAAGGGGUCAGCAGGAGGAAGAAGACCUACAGCGGAUCCUGCGGCUGUCACUCACAGAGCACUGAGCUGGCUGGCCCUGGAGAGCUCUCCCUCCGGGGUCAUUCCUUCUGCCUGUUUUCUAUUUAUUUAUUUAUAAACUGCUGCUGAGCUUGGGGUCUGGAGCCCUGGAGGUGGAAAUAAAGAGACUGUCAGCA